GAUUAAUAGAAACUGAUGUACUGAAACUGAUGACAGAUUUUAAACUAAUAGAGACCCGUGUAUGUCAGCCUUACGUCUGCCAAAUAUACCUGGACAACACACCAGUAACUACUGGAUUAAUUAUUUCUACAUUCCCAGUACUGAGAGAACACAACGGCAGCCAUUUUAAUCAAACAACAGGAAAACUUGAAGCACCAGAUGAUGGUUUAUAUCUGGUUAUUGUGACGUUAGUAGUCGGUGGAAAUAAUCCGAUUUUGGUUCAAGUUGCAGUCGGAGAACUAAAGUAUAAAACUAUUUACGCGAAAGCUGACAAUAUUUCUGCUUGCGGAUCAACUGUAGUUCCGUUGAAGAAAGGUCAAGAACUAUAUUUUAAAGUUCAACAAUCAGGACCAGGGUCUUUCCUGCAAAAAGGAAGCGGUUUCACUAUUUUAAGAAUUUAGCUGAAAGAUUAAAUAUAGUGUAUUUGUAAACCUGAAAUUUAAAAUCAAAAUAUAAAACUAAGUAAUUUGACUUGAGUUUUUGGCCGCAUCUAAAUCAAACAAAUAUACGCUUAAUGGCUUUAAUUACAUAAACCUUUGC